CAGAGGAGCAGGAGGGGGAUACGUUGCGUGGAGUUAGGAUUUUCUAAAGGGAUGUGACCGUUAGACUUGUCGUUGAGAGGCGUUUCAGAGCAUUUGCAAAGGCUGCUGGCCCAGAGGAGGUUGGUGGGGACACUGCAUGGCUCGCGCAAGACGUUCUCGGGUAGAAGAGCAACAGCGGAUGGGUGUGGAGAAAGCAAUGGGGAUUCUCACACAGCCAGUGAUUGUGGAUUCCUAUGGGGUCAAGCACAUCAUCCAUUUCCAGGGGCAAUACAAGCAAUUUGACUUUACCCACAUGAUGGUUCUGGAGGAUUUAUGGAGGAAGUGUUCAAAAUGAAGCUCAUACUGCUCUUGUCCUUUGCUCUUCUAAUAUAUAUUUUAAUUACAAGGUGGCUUACAGGCGAAGUGCUUGUCACCGUCAGCAGUGAACCGUCAGUUGUCUCUGUUGGAGAGCAAGUGACUCUGUCCUGCCAGCUGACAGACAGUGUCCCCUUUAACACGAGUGUGCUUUGGUACAAACUGGAAAAGGGGAAGGAUGCUCCACUGUGUGCUUCAUCCAGCCUGGGUGGGGUGGUGGAUCAGUGCCAGGAUGAAGAACGGAAGAGGAUGGCGUGUCACUGGAAGAGAAGAGCACUUCUCCUGGUUAUCCAGGCAGUGCAAGUAGCUGAGGAGGGGACAUAUGUUUGUGCAGUGAACGGCAGCGUUGUCACAAAGGCUACUAUGCACCUUGAUGUUACAGCAAUUGGUACCAAGCCAACUUUGUACAGGGAUCAGCAAGAGGAGAAUAUGUGUCGCUACACGUGUAAGUCAAAAAACUGGUACCCAAAGCCUGAAGUUAUUUGGACGAACUAUGGAGGAGACAUGGCAGAUGUGGAGGCCAACACCAAUGUAACGUGGAGUGAGAGAGACCAUUUCACGGUGCAAAGCAUCAUCACAGUGCCUUGUGAUAAAGUAGAUGUGGUGUGUGUAGUCCAACUCAACAAAACCAAGGCAAGCCAAUCAGGUUCCUUGAAUGACAUGACUGUGGGAGGCACUUGUGCGUACAAGGGCAGAAUAACAGGUUCCUUUGUAAAGCCCAAAGUGAUGUGGAUUAAUUCCCAAGGAGAAGACCUAUCUUCACUGGCCCUGACAAGCAUUCUACAGGAGACGGACAAUAGUGUUGCAAUAGAAAGCUCCAUUGAGAUACCCUGUGCACAACCACCACCUUCGUUUGUGACCGCUGAAAGGGAACACAGCCUACAGGUGCCUCAACAGUCAGGUAAGCAGCAAUUAAGACUCAUGUACCUUGGCAUCCUCUGAGCAAGCAAAGCUACUCUCUCCUCACUCGCAUACUGCAUCAUCCUCCACUAAGUGAGAAGGUG